AUAUAAUUCUGUCAGGACACAACAGAUAGCGAGACAGUCUUCCAAAGGUUGUCUGCUGAAAUUAAACAUGUUCUGUCUGACUUCGCUUUACAUGUAGUAUUGUGCCAACACCUUCAGUCUGUAUUUGAUACAUCAAGAUGAGGAUAGUUUCACUGCUCUUCACAGUGAUUUGGGUCCCACUUGUGACACCAGCAUCUUCAGAGGUGAAGCUGGUGCACAUGAAUGGGUCAGCUAUCCAAGUCUGCAAGAAAACCCUGUGUUAUCAAGACACCUAUGACGUGCAGUGCGGCAAGGAUUGGUUUGCACCAAUUAGAAACACAUUUUCCCUUAAAGACCCUGCGUUUUCAUCAGCUAACAAUUGCACAGGCCAGAAUACAUACCCCAAAGUUUGUUGUGAUGUGAAUCCCACUGACUGCAAUUUCACCAGUGUUAAGGACUUUGACAAGAUAAGACAUGUGUGUUCGGGGAAGACCUAUUGCACGGGUCAGAGAGCACCGUGGCACCCUGUGUAUGUCAGUAAACCCGAUAUGAACUGUCCAUAUCAACAAGGACUGACAACAAUGCUGACAACACAGUACGUGACGACAGAGUACAUGUGUGUACCAUAUCAUUCAAUUCAAAGAAUGUGUGAGAAAGGGACAAAAAAGGGUAUAGGACUGUUUCUUGCAUCAAAAGAUUAUCCAGACUACAAUCCUGAAUCUACAGGCUUUAACUGCUCCUGCAAGCUUAUGUUUGCAGCCAAUAAAGUACUGCAAGUUGCAGUGAUUGAUCUACGACUUUGUUCUGGCAGUGGUAGAUGUGGGCGUUCACUCAACAUAGGUGACACCAAGGUCAUUAGUGUCACUAACACAAAGGAGGAGUACUCAGGUUUUGGAGGUAUUGUUGGACUGAAGGAAAUCUAUUCCGGCGCUUCAGCAACUGGUGACGUGACGUUGAAACUUACAGAUGUGGAUUCCAAAGACGCUUUAUAUUUGUGGUUGUAUCUGUAUGCAGAAGGUUCCGAUAUGACCUUAACUUGUAAUGGUGAGACGACUUUUACUACACCCACCACCACCACCACCACCACCACCACCACCACCACCACUACCACCACCACCACCACCACUACCACCACCACAACUGCACCGACCACAUGGACCACACCGACCACACCGUCUAAACCAACUACUUCCACAACGCCUACGACAACACCUGCUACCACGACAACGGCUGCUACAAAACAGCAAUCCACAAUUACUGUGAAAACCAAGAACAAUAUGGAGUCUAACAACGAUAAGCUGUGUAACUGUGGAACUGAAACAACUCUAUCCAGGAAGUUAUUUUACAUUGAGCUGGCAGCAUCUGCGCUGGGGGGCAUUGUCUUCACUGCAAUAUGCUGGUGCACGUAUACCAUGUAUCACAGGCAUAAAAAAGCAAAAAAAGCAAAAAAAGCAAAAAAAGCAAAAACUCUAGAAAUGAAGAAGGUCUCGACCGCUGACCAGUUUCCUUUGCCUGCCCGUAAAAAGAACUAUUUGAACAACGACACCAGCAAUGUCUACAGCAUUGAACCAUAUGACUCUGCCUCUCAGGUGGGUGCAACGAAAGCUCGCAGGGCGAAUAAUCUCAAUAGAAACCAGCAAGCAGCCCGUCGGAGAGGAGCUAAUCAAGGUGUCCCGCGGAAAGUGUCUGAUCCAUAUAAUCCGUAUGAUGUUCCUUAUGAAAACAUUCAAGCAGAUGUUGGCAGAAUACUAACAAAGGACGAGGAUGUACAGUCGAAGGAUGAUAUCAUCAACAAGCUGGCUGAAAAGCUCAAAUCUCAACCUGAGUCAGAGAAGGUAGUACGUGACCUAGCUAAAGAUGGUACAAUGUGCCAUUAUGACACUGAUGUUAAUGACGAUACUGACAUCAAGAUUAUCCUUGGUGGUUUUGAGCUGGAAAUGCUUAAAAAAACAUUGACAGAAAUGGAAUCAAAAGAUGAAAGUUAUUCGUUUUAAGUGGAAGUUAAUGGCUCUUGUAGAAAGAAAAUUGUCAUGGACGUGAUAAACUGGGACCCUACUCUGACUAUAACCUUAUCGCUUUUGAAUUAAUUCCCAUUACCUUCACAUAAUUGAUACACCUACAUGUAUCUUCAGCCAUAUACAUCGAUAUAUACUAUAGAGGUACAUGCAUGGACAUGCAGCGAAGGCUAUCAGUAACAGAUUGUCAAUAUAAGCAUGAUAUCCUGAAUGUUUUCAUAUAAUGACAUCCUCACUUGAUCAGUAUGUAAUUACACGGGGCGAACCGGGGCGAACGUCCAUCAUAUUCUUCCAUGCAAGCAUAUAAUUGACAUAGUUUAUAUUGGUUGUUUAUAUUUUGUUUAUAUCCAAAUGGUUAAAGAUGAUCGAGUUUAUUUAUACCCAAUCGAAGAAUAUUGUAUAAGUGAUUUCCUACAGCUUGCUAUCCACUUCCGUUUUUUCAACAACACCCCUGCAACAAUCCUUAGAUGUGGUUUACGUUUAGUUAUAUCAUGCACUUUACAAUGCUGCUCUGAAAAAUCGAAUUGGAAUGUUUGGAAUGUAUCUCCAGAUUUUGUACGGUAUUUCAUGUAAUCACUAUUUUUUGUAAGGUAUCAAUUUCUGUAUUUAGGCACGGGGGUCCAGGAGAGGCAGAGUUACGCCCCAUUCAGUGACAGGAUCCCACAUAUCCCAGAUUCAAUAUGAUUUCAUUGCCUUGCAUUGUCAGCGCCAUACUCAUGGUGUCAAAGUGGCAACAUUUAUACCUUACGGCACUUGGGGUUUUUCUCACUCAUUAAACUAACGUACAUUGGAAAUAACGAGAAGAAUUGUUCAAGGAAGUGUUAAACCCAACUAACUAACACAUUAUUUCUGUGCAUUUGUUUUGCAUGUAGAUCAUUCUUAUAAUUACAUGAAAAGCAUAUGACAUGCUGACCAGAUCUUGUAAAAUCUAUCACUAUUUCUGGUCAUGGCAACUGCACAUUUAAUUACAUUGUAGUAUUCUGACAGUUUAAGUUAGAUAUAUAGAUGGCAGUCUAUAUUACUAUUAUACUUAACGGGUCAUUAUUUCUUUCCAGGAAACCAAGAAGUAUAUUCUAUUCUCCUUGUCAAGAACGUUUUUGAAUUACCUUUUCUCAAGAAGCCGAACACAUUCUUCUUGCGUUUUUGUUUUCUGGUACACCAUCAUAUAUAACAUCCCUGGCAACUAGUGAACGCUGUUCCGAUCAAAUGGACCCGUGAACUUAGUUGUAAUUGGGCAUAUUCGAAAACUAGAAAAAGUGUUAAUAUCAUUGUAAUACAAAUAGUGUAUAGCAGUAUACCUGCCGAUAUCCCGUGUUAUAUGUUCUUGCUAAGCAUGUAUUUUCAAAUUUGGAAAAAAUAAAGAAUGAGAAAACGUGAA